AUGUUGCAACGACUUAAUUAUUUGGAGCAGCAAUCUCGAUUCAAUAAUUUGGAGCUUCAUUGUUUGCCUGAAAACAAACAUGAAAACUUAUACUCGACUGUCAAACAGCUGGGAAUUGUAAUUGGUUGUGAGUUAAAAGAUGAAGAUAUACUUCACUGUACCCGGAUAGCUAAAAUGAGUUCUAGCAACACUCGUCCUCGAUCUAUCGUAAUCCAAUUGGCUUCUCCUAAAGUACGUGAUCAGAUUUUGGCUGCAUUUAUCAGCUUCAAUAAAUCAACUAGUGAACUGUUUGAUAACAGAUACGUGAGUCAAGUACUUCUGUGCAAAUUGGAUCUGAUGUGA